AUGCCACAGCCCAAGCUCAAAACCACAAUUGCGAUCCUAGGCUGCGGCGACGUAGGGUCCACGCUCGCCUACACACUCAUCCUGCAACCCAUCUGCUCCGAAGUCAUUCUCGUCGACCUGAAGCAAUCGCUGCUGGAAGCCCAAGUCCGCGACCUCUCCGACGCCACGUACCGGGGCGGCAGCGGCGUGCGGGUGCGCGCUGGAACCCACGCUGACGCCGGUCAAGCCGACAUCGUCGUGAUAACAGCCGGCGCAAAGCAAAAGACAGGCGAGUCUCGCCUCUCGCUGCUCAGCCGCAACCUGCACAUUCUCGAAAGCAUCUUCGCCGCCAUGGCGCCAAUAAACCCGCAUACCAUCCUGCUGCUCGUUGCGAAUCCAGUCGAUAUCCUGACGUAUUUUGCGCGGAAGAUGAGUGGGCUGCCGGAGAGCCAGGUGCUGGGUACGGGCACGAGUCUGGAUUCCGCGAGGCUGAGGGGCGUGUUGGCGGAGAAGGCCGAGGUGGCGCCAAACAGUAUUGAUGCGUAUGUGCUUGGGGAGCAUGGGGAUAGUCAGUUUAUCGCCUGGUCCUCCGCCACAAUCGGCACCACGCCCCUCUCUCUCGCCCUCCCCGCCUCAACACUAACACCCAGCUUCAAAACCUCCAUUGCCGCGCACACGCGCGGCGCCGCGGGCGCCAUCAUCGCCGCCAAAGGCUGCACCGCAUACGGCAUCGGCAACAUUGCCGCGAGCAUCUGCAAGUACAUAUUAUUUGACUCGCGCUCCGUGCGCCCGCUGUCCUUCUACCAGCCGCAUCUCGGCUGCUGUCUCAGCAUGCCGGCCGUCGUCGGCCGGAAAGGCAUUGUGCGCGCCAUGCCGAUCAAGCUGGAUGCCGAGGAGCAGGCGCAGCUCGAGGCGUGUGCGCGCGGGCUGCGCGGUGUGAUUGAGGGUGCCGAGAAGGAAAUCAGUGCUGAUCUGGUGUUGGAGAAGGCGUUGAGUGAGGACCGGGGGGCUUGA